GAAAUGUUCACCAAGCAAAGGAGCUUGAGAUUAGAAAGGCAAACUUAUCGAAUCGGAUCUUGGAUUUAAGUAAAAUUAUUUGUUGAUAUGAAUAAACAAUAGGGGGAUUUAGCGGCUUUGAAAAAGAGAAAUUGAAUAACUCCAGCACGAAAGUUGGAACGCACCCUAUAAACAUUACCCCACCAGUGACAAAAAGUAGGGCGAGUCACUGUACAAUAUAAAUAGAUUUAUCGCGCUAACGUUCUUGAUUUUGUAUAAUUACGAGACGAAAUAUUACCUUAUGAAGCGCAAAAGUAAGGCACUCAAUGAUGACAUUAUGAUUAUUGUGAAUUGAGUGACAAGCUCCAAUCGAUUACGUCACGAGUCCCUGUGUUCCUACGCCAUGUUAGCACAACUGCCCAUCGAGGCAAAGUCUGUGCCUAAAAAGUUGAGAAAAUCUUUAUAAUUUAUAUAAAAGUUUCUUUUUUUACGAUUUAAUUGUGCUGGCAGUGAAAUCACCGCAAUAAGCUACUUGGGUUGAAGAAAUUCAUCGUAGCCAAGAGUAACUUUACUUGGAGCCUGUCAAAAAAUCUGCCAAAAUUCCGGUCCCUACAAGAAAACGCGAAGGCGCCUAUCCCGGCAGAAACGAGGACAGUAAAAUGAAUAACAAACGAAAAAAUCGUCCAAACACAGGAAGGUCUACUAGGGCUCGACCGGAAAGAACUAUUAUUGCAGAAGGCAUUUACAAUAAUGCACAUUUUAUGUAUGCCAUUACAUGUCACAUUGGUAAUACAGUUCAGGUUCAGACCCAGAAUGGCUCUGUCUUUGAAGGUGUUCUGAGAACAUUUUCUUGUAAUUUAGAAAUAGUAUUGGAACUAGCACAUCAAGUGGAUCCUAAUGAUAGCUCAAAAAUAAGACCUGAAAGUGUUGUUGAUAAACUAAUAUUUAGACCAAGUGACAUAGUAAAUAUUGAAGUAAAGGAUGUAGAUUUGGAGUAUGCAACAAGAGACACAUUCCAGACAGACACUGCUAUCAGUAAAUUUAAUGGUCAAGUUACUGAAAGAGAACUUGAACCAUGGGAUGGACCUAGUAUGAAUGGCGAUGACUUGUCUCUUGAAAUGACUGGUGAUGCUAAUGGAUGGGACGCACACGAUAUGUUCAGGAAAAAUGAACAGAUUUAUGGAGUUCAAACCAAUUUUGAUCAAAACUUAGUUGGAUACACAAUUCCAUUACAGAAAUCAGACAGUAAAGAAUAUAGGGAGAUAGAAGCAAAAGCUGCACUGCUAGCUAAUGAGAUUGAAAACAAUCCCAAUUACAAAGCUCGCAUCGACCUUGAAAAUGGAGAUGAAGAGGAAAGGUUUGCAGCCGUGUCUCGUACUGGUGAAGGUUCAUCAAGUCCUAGCACAGAAGGAAAAUAUGUUCCUCCUGCCAAAAGGAAGAACCCUCAAACAGGGAAACUCUCUCGCCCUGCCCAAUCACCAGCUCCAAACCAGAGUUCUCAGGAAAGAGAGAGAGACCGAGAACGGGACAGAGAUAGGGAUGACCGCAGAGACAGAGAGGAUAGGAGGGAUAGGGAUGAAAGGAGAGAGAGAGAAGACAGAAGAGAGCGAGACAGGGAAAGGGUAGACCGCCGAGAUGGUGAAUCUGGGCCACAGAGACCACCUCAGGGUGCUGUUGCUCCUGUUCAUCAGGGGCCUCAACCUCAUCCUGUGCCUCAAGGGCCACCAAUACAGGUGCAGCCUGUCCAGGUCGUGCAGGUUGCCCAAGUGCAACAAGUGCCAGUACCGCAAGGCGCUCAAGGACCCCCUGGACAAAUCCCAGCUUCAGCACAAGGGCCCAAACAGUAUCCGCCCUUCCAUCAUUCUCCCCACUACCCUCCACCUGCACAAGUUGUCGCUCAAUACCCUCAGGGUAGUCCAGCAGUGGUAGCAUAUGGCCAACCUGCGUAUCCAGCACAAGUGCCACAGCGUGUAGAUAAUGUGUACCCAAUGACACCCUCACCGCAGGGUGGCUACCCAGGCCAACCUCCUCUCCCUCAGAGAGAGCACAAGGUCAAUGGCAUGGAGCCUAGAGGACAGCGACCGCCCGUGUCUGGUCGAGGUGGUCCAAACCGUGGCUACCACAUGCCCCCCGACAUGGGCCCCCGCUACUCCCCUGGCCAGGGCCCCAGUCCGGGUCAGGGGGAGCAGAUGGCCGGCGACGGCAAGCCUGGCCACGGUCACGGCGCUGGGCACGGUCACGGGGCGCCGGGAGGCCACCAGCACAUGGCUGGCCCUGGGGUCCCCGCAGGCCCGCAGCCUUCGCGCACCCCGCCCUCCCAGGCCAAGGAGCACCGGGAGCGGGAGCCCCGAGAGCCGAGCAAGCCCCGCGAGCCGAGGGAUCAGUCCGACAAACAGACCGCUGAUGGGCAACAAAGGAAAGGAAGAGGUCGUGAUGACCAAGUUUCAGAACUGAAAAAAUUCAGCUCUGAUUUCAAGCUUGGGGAGUCUGAAGACGGAAAGAACAAGGUUCAGUCGACCUCACCUGGAGCAUCCGGUCAAGUUCAAACUCAGCAGACCCCUCCUCAGGCACAGGCAGCAGCCCCCGUUAGUACUCCGACAGCCACAACGCCUCAACCCCCACCCUCUGGGACCCCCAAUGAGGCUGAUAGGACCACUCCUAAAAGUGGAAAAGAAAGUGGGCAGGAUGUCGAGAAACUAUCAUCAACUCUAAAGAAAUCAACCCUUAAUCCAAAUGCCAAGGAAUUUGUAUACAACCCCAAUGCUAAACCAUUCACACCUCGCUCUCCGAGUACUCCCACACCAAGCCGACCUCAUACACCUCAAACUCCUAGCUAUCCACAGCCUCCAGUAUCACAGCAACAACAGCAAGGACCUCAAGUCCCCCCCAUGGGCAUGCAAGCUUAUGUUGUUACUAAUAACCCACAAUUCAAUACUCCCAAUCCUCGCAACCCGCGCUUUGGUAAAAUGCAAAUGAGUAUGCAGCACCGGCCGGAUAUUGCCCAAGUGGCUAAUGUUACAGGAACUCCACUUCUGGCACCUGCUCCCAUGCAUGGGCACUUCUCCAUGCCAUACUCACCUCAGCCCUACCAACCGCAGAUGGUGCGAAUGGUAGCUCAGCAGGUGCCUCUGAAUGCCCUUCCUCAGUACCACCACGACUCGCCGGGCGCGCCCCACGCCCACCAACAGCCCCCCCUCGCCGUGCACCCCCAACACCCUCACGCCCACCAGUCCCACCAGCACGCCGCGCACCAGUCCCACAUUGCGCAGUACAUCGCACAGCAGCCCCAUCCGCACUCGCCCCACCCCGCCGCCCACGCCCACCACGGCCCGCCCCCGCAGCAGUCCGGCUCGGGGGCCGUGCAGCAGUCUGGGCAGCAACAGGCCCAGUCACACCCACCCUCCCCCGCGGCGCCGCCCCCCAACGCGUACCCUCCGCCGACACACCACCCUCACCAACACCCGUCGCACCACACCAUCCCCUUCAUGUGCAUCCCGGGCCAACAGAUGGCCCCCCAACAUCCACAUCACCCUCAAAUGGUACCUCAAUAUUUACAUCAUCAGCAACAACAUCCAGGGAACCAACAUCAACAAAUGGUGAUAUUGCCGCAUAGCCAAUGAUGGGAUGCGGUCUAAGUAGCAAAAAAGAAAGUAAUAACUUAUGAGUAAUUUAAAAAAAAAAAAGGGUUUUAAAAGCAUGAGAACAAGGUUAUAUGAAGAUCAUAACUAUGCCUGAGAUAGGUUGUAUGAGUUCAUGCAGCCAUUAGUUCAAUUGAAUCAGUGUCAUUGUUCACUCCUCCUCCUAGCUGUUGUUUUAGUCUUGUUAAUGCUAGGGGUAAGAGUGAUAGGUCAGAAAUGGCACAAAUUAAAAAAAAAUCAUCCCUCUUCAAAAUAUUUGUUAGUUCCAAAGUUGUUGUGAGAGUAUUUGUUGCUACAACUUCAUGAACUUGUCUUUCUCAGUGAUCUAAAUUUUGUUAACCCAGCAGUCCGCAGUAAAAGCAGUUGCCUAGGUUUUACAUGGAAAAAAAUUAACAUGGAGUUUGGAUUCCAGCAAAUUUUAUGCUCAUUCUUUUGUUUGUAUGUUAAUUGCAUUGUGAUCUGUGAAGACUUUUUUUUCUCCUUCAAAUUGUUGUUGGAUGCUGUCAAGCAAGACUUGUUGAGUGUAUGCGUGGCAUGUAAGGCAGUUUUGUAGUGCAAAGAGGACCAUGAAUGCAUGUGCCUGUGAUUAUCAUCCCUCUGUGCAGAAUGCUACUCUAGUUGGGCAUGUUUUAUUCCUGGGUGUUCCUCUUCACAUCUGCAUUGUGGAGGACAACACAAUUGUACCCUUUUCAGUGGUAUGAAAAAGGGUUUUCAUCUGCCAAGAGCCUGAACAAUAAGCACUUUUUCUCCAUCGGUGUUUUGAAGUAGAACAUUUUGGGGAGAAAUUGCUUAGACUUUUACUCUAUGAGUAAUAUGGUAUUGUUCCUAUUUGAUGCUGGUUAUUUAUGGAAGUAACCAGAAUUUGGCAAGCAUCAUUAUUUAAUCAACCUUCCUGGAUGUCAUGUAUUACCUCACAACCCUGAGAUUGUUAUGCUGCCUCUAAAUUGUACCCUCUCAAAUUUAGUUGAAUAUACAAAAUUUUUUGCCA